AUUAAAAAAAUUAGAAAAUGUUGAAAGUGCAAAUCAAAGUUGGUUUGAAGAGGCUAAAUCACAUUUAACUAUAAGUAAUAAAAGGACAAAAGUUGUUCGAUGUUUUGGUUUAACGCAAAAUCCAUCAAAUGGAAAUUAUAUGCUUGUAAUGAUAAAAAUGGAUAUAGAUUUAAGAAAAUAUUUACAACAAAAUCAUAAUCAACUUACAUGGAAAGAUAGAAUGAAAAUCAUUAAUGUAAUAACUCGUUCACUUUAUUAUAUUCAUAAAGAGAAAGCUAUACAUAGAGAUUUACAUUCCGGAAAUAUAUUAUAUUCACAGUUAAAUGAUCAUUGGUAUAUUAGUGACCUUGGAUUUUGUGGACCUGCUGAUAAAUAUUCAACAAGUAUAUAUGGAAAUCUUCCUUACAUAGCACCCGAAGUUAUUGUUGGAAGAGAAUAUACUUUUGCAUCUGAUAUUUAUAGUAUUGCAAUUCUUAUGUGGGAAAUUUCAUCUGGACAAACACCAUUUAUAAAUUAUGAACAUGAAAAUGAUAUUGAAAUGAAUAUUAUUAACGGUAUAAGAACAAAAAUAGUGCCAGGAACUCCAUUAGAAUAUAAAAAUUUAAUGAAAGAAUGUUGGGAUGCUGAUCCAUUAAAAAGACCUGAUUAUAAUACAUUUUGGAAAAAAAUACAAAAAAUUAAUUUAUAUUAUCAAAAUAUGUCAGAUGAAUUAUUCAAAUCAGAAAUGGAUAAUUUAGAAAUGAAUAAGGUAGAAGAAAAUUAUACGA